AUGCUGGGGAAAUUCCCUCCUUUAGAGAUUCAAACCGGGGCAGCGCUGCAGGGGAGAGUCCAUGGGGCCCCCCAGCCUCUUGGGGUCCCACGUUUGGUAGCUCACAGGUGCACCCUGCAGCUCACCUACCAAGCCUUCUUGGCAGCUGGAAUUUCCAAUGAAACACAUGAAAUUGUGGCAAUCAAGAAAUUCAAGGACAGUGAAGAAAAUGAAGAAGUCAAGGAAACAACUUUACGAGAGCUUAAAAUGCUUCGAACUCUAAAACAGGAAAACAUAGUGGAGCUGAAAGAAGCUUUCCGAAGAAGAGGGAAAUUAUAUUUGGUGUUUGAAUAUGUUGAAAAAAAUAUGCUUGAAUUGCUAGAAGAAAUGCCAAACGGAGUUCCACCUGAUAAAGUAAAAAGCUAUAUCUACCAGCUAAUUAAGGCAAUUCACUGGUGCCAUAAGAAUGAUAUUGUUCAUCGAGAUAUAAAACCAGAAAAUCUCUUAAUCAGCCAUAGUGACAUCCUGAAGCUGUGUGAUUUUGGUUUUGCCCGGAAUCUAUCAGAAGGCAACAAUGCUAAUUAUACAGAAUAUGUGGCUACCAGGUGGUACCGUUCCCCUGAACUAUUACUUGGAGCUCCCUAUGGAAAAUCUGUAGAUAUGUGGUCUGUGGGCUGUAUUCUUGGGGAGCUUAGUGAUGGGCAACCUUUAUUUCCUGGAGAAAGUGAAAUUGACCAACUUUUUACUAUUCAGAAGGUGCUAGGACCACUUCCAUCUGAGCAGAUGAAGCUCUUCUACAGCAAUCCUCGUUUUCAUGGGCUCCGGUUCCCAGCUGUUAAUCACCCCCAAUCUUUGGAGAGAAGAUAUCUAGGAAUUUUAAGUGGCGUUUUGCUUGACUUAAUGAAGAAUUUACUGAAGUUGGAUCCAGCAGACAGAUACUUGACAGAACAAUGUUUGAACCAUCCUUCAUUUCAAACCCAGAGACUCUUGGAUCGUUGUGGAACUUCACCUUCACGAUCAGCAAAGAGAAAACCAUACCAUGUUGAAAGCAACACAUUAUCUAAUAGAAAUCAAGCCAGUAAAAAUGCUGCUUUGCAGGCACAUCACAGAUCUAACAGUAAAGAUAUACAGAACCUGAGUGUUGGACUUCCACGGAAUGAAGAUGUUCUUCCAGCAAAUGAAAGCUUCCUCAAUGGAAACCUUUCUGCAGCUUCUCAUAGUCCCAUGCACACCAAACCCUAUCAAACAAGUAACCCACCGGGAUCUGCAAACAAAGAUCUCACCAAUAACAACAUUCCACAUCUUCUUAGCCCCAAAGAAACAAAAUCAAAAACAGAAUUUGAUUUCAAUAUUGACCAAAAGGCUUCUGAGGGCCCAGGCACAAAAUACCUUAAGUCAAACAGUAGGUCUCAGCAGAACCGACACUCAUUUAUGGAAAGUUCACAAAGCAAAACUGGAACAUUACAGCCUGGUGAAAAGCAUGGACGGCAUAGCUACAUAGACACUAUUCCCCAGUCCUCUAAGAGUCCUUCUUAUAGGGCAAAGGCCAAAAGUCACGGGGUUCUGACUGAUUCCAAGUCUGUGAGUAACCUUUCUGAAGCCAGAGUUCAGAUUUCUGAUCCCAAUAGUGGCAGGUAUUUUCCAUCUAGCUGCCUAGACUUGAACUCUCCCACCAGCCCAACCCCUCCCAGGCACAGUGACAGUAGAACUUUACUUAGUCCUUCUGGGAGAACUAACCGAAGUGAGGGCACCCUGGACUCACGGCGAACAGCAACAAGACAUUCCAAAACAAUGGAGGAAUUGAAACUGCCCGACCACAUGGAUGGAAGCCAUUCACAUUCACUAUCUGCACCACACGAAUCUUUUUCCUAUGGUCUAGGCUAUACCAGCCCUUUCUCUUCCCAGCAGCGGCCUCAUAGGCAUUCCAUGUACGUGACUCGGGACAAAGUGAGAGCGAAAGGCUCAGAUGGAGGCUUGAACAUAGGGCAAGGGAUGGCAGUCAGAGCCAACAGCCUUCAACUGUUAUCACCACAGGUACAACUUAGGCUAUUCACCAGAUCUGUUGGCACAUCACGGGAAGAUGGUGCAGAGGAUUUGAAUAGGCCAGGGGAACAGAUCCCUACCGAGCUAAGUGUAUCACGGUCUUCAGCUAAAGAAACUUCUCGAGAUGGCACAUCUUCAUUUCACUCACGGCAAAAAUCGGAGGGUGGAGCCUAUCAUGACCCCCACUCAGAUGAUGGAGCAGCCACAAAAGAAAACAGACAUCUGUAUAAUGAUCCUGUUCCAAGAAGAGUUGGUAGCUUCUAUAGAGUUCCAUCUCCACGUCCGGAUAAUUCAUUCCAUGAAAAUAACGUACCAUCCAGAGUUUCUUCUCUGCCAGCAGAGAGCAGCUCUGGGACAAACCACCCAAAAAGACAAACAACAUUUGAUCCGUGGAAAAGUCCUGAAAAUAUUAGUCAUGCUGAACAACUGAAGGAGAAGGAGAAGCAAGGCUUUUUUAGAUCAAUGAAAAAGAAAAAGAAGAAAUCUCAAACAAUAGACUCCACCAGCGGGGAGAAUCCAAGCAUCAAGAAAUCCCUCUUUCCUCUUUUUAAUUCAAAGAAUCCUUUAAAGCAUAGUUCUUCUUUGAAAAAGCUUCCUGUAGUCACUCUACCUAUGGUGCCCAAUUCGGAUAGUCAGGAUCUUCUGGCAUUACAGAAAGCCAUUCACUCGACUAAUCACCAAAGCAGCCGGCCAAAGGAGUGGCGACCUGAGAAGAUCUCAGAUCUUCAAGUUCAUAGUCAACCAUUAAAAUCACUCCGUAAGCUGUUACAUCUCUCUUCCGCUUCAAACCAUUCCACUUCCUCAGAUCCACGCUUUCAGGCCUUACCAAGUCAGCAAGCCAAAAGUUCCUUUUCAGAAGUGCGAAUUCACCCCAUGAGCCAAGCCUCCAGUAGCAGCAGCGGGGGCAGCAAUGUCCGAGCAGAGGCCACUCCCAAGGCCAGGCCGACGCUUCAACUGCCGGGUCAGAUAGAGCAGGGUUGGCAUGUGUCCCCUGUGAGCAGGAGUGCUAAUGAGGGGCCUUCCUACUCCGAACAGCUGGCUUCUAAGAGUGGGCCGAAUGGGCACACAUAUAACAGAACAAAUCGAUCACGGAUGCCGAAUCUGAAUGAUUUAAAAGAGACAGCCUUGUAA